AUGGCGGCAAAGUUGAUAUCCACCGCUCUCCGUCACACUACUUUGCCGGGAAACUAUGUCCGACCAAUCUCCGACCGUCCACGUCUCUCUGAAGUCUCUCAACUCGAAGAUUUCCCUCUCAUCGAUCUCUCUUCCACAGAUCGAUCUCAUCUCGUCCAACAAAUCCACCAAGCUUGCACCCGAUUCGGGUUUUUCCAGGUCAUAAAUCACGGAGUUGACAAACAAACAAUAGAUGAGAUGGUGAAUGUUGCAAAUGAGUUCUUUAGCAUGUCUAUGGAGGAAAAAAUGAAGCUAUACUCAGACGAUCCGACGAGGACAACGAGAUUAUCGACGAGCUUCAAUGUAAAGAAAGAAGAGAUUAACAAUUGGAGAGACUAUCUUAGACUCCAUUGUUACCCUGUCCACAAAUAUGUUCAUGAGUGGCCUUCAAACCCUCCUUCUUUCAAGGAAGUUGUGAGUAAAUACAGUAUAGAAGUAAGAGAAGUGGGAUUUAGAAUAGAGGAACUGAUAUCAGAGAGCUUAGGUUUAGAAAAAGAUUACCUAAAGAAAGUUCUUGGUGAACAAGGUCAACACAUGGCAGUCAACUAUUAUCCUCCAUGUCCUGAACCUGAACUCACUUACGGUUUACCUGCUCAUACCGACCCAAACGCCCUCACCAUACUCCUCCAAGACACUACGGUUUGCGGACUCCAGAUCUUGAUCGAUGGUCACUGGUUCGCUAUUAAUCCACAUCCUGAUGCGUUUGUCAUCAACCUUGGUGACCAAUUACAGGCAUUGAGUAAUGGAGUAUACAAAAGUGUUUGGCAUCGAGCUGUAACAAACACCGAAAACCCAAGACUAUCCAUUGCGUCGUUUUUGUGCCCAGCUGAUUGUGCUAUUAUGAGCCCGGCCAAGCCCUUGUGGGAAGCCGAGGACGAUGAGUCGAAGCCAAUGUAUAGGGAUUUCACUUACGCAGAGUACUACAAAAAGUUUUGGAGUAGGAAUCUGGACCAAGAACAUUGCCUCGAGAACUUUCUGAACCACUAA